UGGAUAGGUGAAGAACAUGAACAUAACGGCAACCUUUUCAUGAUCGUCCCGCCAGCACCCAUUUAUGGGGUUUGAGGAUGCCUUCAAUACAAAGGCCGAUAAAUGCAAAUAUUUCUGCGACUACCCCGGGGCAGCGGUUCCUCUUUCUAUCCUCUCUGAGCACCACGGAGCACCACGGAGCACCACGGAAUCAAGAUCCCUUAUCUGCCGUGUGACACCAAAUUCAACCUGAGCUUGCUCCUUCCUCGCCAUCCUUUCUCUUACAACAAUUGUUUUUGAGAAAUUUUAUAAUAUCACUGAACUAAGGACCAUCAAAACAUCCCCAAAUUUGUCCACUCCAUACCUCCUGUCUUGGGCAGUCUUCAUAGCCUUUCCCCCGCUUCAUCUCAAGGCUCCUGAGAUUCAAGACUAUGGCAGAUACGUGUGGAGGCUCCACUCCGCUGAAGAGCUUUACUCAGUAUGGCUCUCAGGAUCGAAGUCUACAACAGGAUAGAGUCGUCCACGGCCCUGCCGCGGCGGGACCAUCGACCUUCCGAUCAAAUGGACCCGCUGCCUCUGGACAGGCGAGCGCCAGCUACCAAGCCUUCACGGCUGGCAACGUACUAAACGCACCAAGUCUGCCCGCCCCCGGUCUAUUUUCCGGGCAAGGCCCGGAGGCAUAUAGUGGUCACUCCGUUCGACAUGGCACUCUUCUUACCGGGCUUGAGGCCCGGGCAGGCAUGGAGCACCCGCAAGCCAAUAAUUCUCAGGUCGCCAGUCGAGUUGAGGUAGCUUCCUGGGCCCAUGAGUUUCAUAGGCUGGCUCCAAACGUAGCUGUUCCUGGUGCUGGAAUUGCCCCCAGCCAGCAUCAAGGCAUGGGAGGCCCAGCUGCCCAUACCCAGUACGCACAUAGUUUUGUGCCUCCCGCGUAUCACUAUCCUGCGCCUCCGCCCAUGCUGCCACAGCAGACCUGGGCGUCACACAGCCCCGUCGUCGGCAACAAUGUCUCUAGCUCGGAGACUCGGAGCAUGCGUGCCCCUGAGGAAGAUUUCGACGACGCAAUGAAUGCGUGGAUGAGACUCCAUGGUCCCAAGGAUCAAGAGACGAGAGAAAAUGUCGACGCCAUCAUGGAGUCGAUGGCUGAACAACUGGAAGCUGGCGAGCGCUCUGGUGUUGCCACUCGUACUCUCCCUGACGUGGCGAAUCUGACCUUGGAAGAUACUACUACUACCCAAGUCAACUCCGCGCCCAUCUCGGCCGCAAACGGCACUCUUGACACCGUCACUGCCUUGCCAGUCACUAGUCCAGUCAUAGCACAGAGUGACAACCAGUCAACCGGCACUGCGGAUACGGAGACGAAGAAUCCCGCCCGGUCGGAGAUUGCAGAGGCGGCAAGACAACUUCUCGAGGUUAUCUCCCAUGAAAAGGGGGACAAGUGGAAGAAUUCGCGUUUCGUCUCCCUGAUGCAAAACUUCAGCGACGGAUCUAAGGACAUCAUUGACAACGAGAUUCGGGAGGUUGGCGAUUCCUCAGUUAACACGGUAUCCCAAGCUGAUGAGAAGACCACGCCUUCGCGUCCGGAGAAGGGCAAAGGACUAGAAACUGCGAGUUAAGACGGCGGUGAAUAUGAGGGGAGGUUCAAACACGAUACCCAAGGUGUUCAAGGAGCAUGAGAUAGAUGUUCACUGAUAGAAGGACUAGUGCCUUCUAGGUUCCCGGCGGUUCCGAUGGCUGACGGUUGGUUUGCUUGCUGUAUUCACCUUUCAACAGCAUCACAAUGGGAGGGGCCAAAAUACCCGAGUUGUAUUGAUGAUUGCUUUAGCAUCUGGGAACCCAUCACCGAAGCAUGGCUAGACUACAUGAAUACGGUCUACGGGGCAGUAGAUAUGACUUGGGCAGUUGAGACAUGUUUGAGAAGACGGUCGUAGCACAGGAAAUUCGAUCAUCCUCCAUGGAAUGAGUCCCGUUAUAGU